CAGGGGUAUGCCUCCGCCCUGCUCGCGAGCUUGAGUCCGCAUCACUUUCCUCCCGGACUCUUCGGACCCGGGCAUCGAGAUGGCGAUGUCGGGCCCCCGCUUGUUAUGGAGUGCCAUUACCAGCACGUCGAGGUUGUCUACCGUGCUCCAGAUCCUCAUCUUCCUCCCCCUCACGCUCUCGACGCUUUCCACACCUGCUUUCCUGCUGCUCUCCCUGCUGCUGUUCGCCCACUCGCUCAUCCAUGGCACGCUCGUGCUCUUCUGGGGCUCGCCCGCGCUGUCCGUCAUGCAGGUCCCGAUGCACCCGAUCCUGCUGCUCGUGUGCUUCAAUGUCUUCUCGGAGAAGGUGCCCCCGCUGCUCAUGACGACUGCGUAUUGGUGGGGGAGGAUUCUCCACUGGUCGAGUCCGGGCUUCAUCGUGAUGGAGGGCCUAUCGAGUCUGCUCAUUGUCCAGAAGCUGGGGCAGGUAGGGAAGGAGCUGGUCAGUGAGGGUGAAGGGUACCAGUUUGGUAUGCUCGUUGCGGCUGCAGCUGCAUAUGUCGCAUCUGCUUGGUGGGUCGUCGUGGCGUAUCCUGCAGCGGCGACUUCCCCCCUUUCGUCAACCCUGUUGGGCGUGGCCCUGACAACUUUGAUCUUCCUCACACUCAUUGGCUUCUUCCUACGGAGAACGAAUGUUAUCGAGUCUUCGGGCCUUGCCUUGUUCGUCGCGUACAACGUCUGGCAAUGUGGUUUCGACCAGCAGUCUUAUGCGGACCCCGCUUCCUCGUACGCGCCUUUGUGGGACAAUUUCCUCCCCCAUAUGCAAACUUUGGUCAACUUUAUCACCAACACGUUGCCUCGGCCCUUGCUCAUCGCCCUGUUAUACCGACUCGCUGUUCUGCACUUCGCGUCGCAAAUACUUCCUACCAUCGGAGCGGAUAGCUGGGAUGAAGAUGCUGGCGUGGACGGAGGGUGGGACGCACGGCCGACAUCCAAGCUGACCCGUCUCCUAUUGACAUACCAACAAGCCAUAUUUGUCACCGUGUACUCGCAUCUACUCUUGCUCGAUCAUUCCUCUCAGGUCUGGUGGCGAUGGAUGAACAUCCUCUUUACUAUGGUGAUUUGGUCAGUAGAGCUGCUCGUCAGCGGCGAGGACGACGAUUCAGUCACAACAAAAUGGAAGGUGGAUUGAUUGUCCCGGUGCCUCGCCCUCUCCACGCACGACCCCGACUGCAUGAAUACGGUACGACAUAUAAUGACCCCACAU